GCGACAGAGGCGGUACUAGAAGGAGCACGACUUCCGGCCGCGAGGUGAGGUUGUCGCACUUAUCAGGCGCAAUGGCGGCCCCAGCGCUUCACACGCGGCUGCCCGGAGAUGCGGCCGCUUCGGCCUCUGCGGUCAAGACGCUGGGGGCAUCGAGAGCUGGGAUUUCAGAUAUGCUUACAUUAGAGAAUGAUUUCUUCAACUCUCCCCCAAGAAAAACUGUUCGGUUUGGUGGAACUGUAACAGAAGUCUUGCUGAAGUACAGAAAGGGUGAAACAAAUGACUAUGAGUUGUUGAAGAACCAGCUGUCAGAUCCAGACAUAAAGGACGACCAGAUCAUUAACUGGCUGUUUGAAUUCCGAUCCUCCAUCAUGUACUUGACCAAAGACUUUGAGCAGCUGAUUGGUAUUCUGUUGAGAUUAAAGUGGUUGAAUAGAAGUCAGACAGUGGUGGAGGAGUAUUUGGCUUUUCUUAGUAAUCUUGUAUCAGCACAAACUGUCUUCCUCAGACCAUGUCUCAGCAUGAUUGCUUCUCAUUUUGUUCCUCCCCGAGUGGUCACCAAGGAUGGUGACAUAGAUGUUUCAGAUUCUGACGACGAAGAUGAUAAUCUUCCUGCAAAUUUUGACACAUGUCACAGGGCCUUGCAAAUAAUAGCAAGAUACGUUCCAUCGACACCGUGGUUUCUUAUGCCAAUACUGGUGGAAAAAUUUCCAUUUGUUCGAAAAUCAGAGAGAACAUUGGAAUGUUAUGUUCAUAACUUACUAAGGAUUAGUGUGUACUUUCCAAUCUUGAGGCAUGAAAUUCUGGAGCUUGUCAUUGAAAAGCUACUCAAGUUGGAUGUGAGUGCAUCCCGGCAGGACAUUGAAGAUGCUGAGGAAAUAGCAGCUCAAACCAGUAGUGGAACAGAUGCCACAGAAGGACUGUUUAACAUGGAUGAAGAUGAAGAAACUGAACACGAAACAAAGGCUGAUCCCGAGAUGCUUGAUCGGAUGGUACAUCCUGUUGCUGAACGCCUGGACAUCCUGCUGUCUUUACUUUUGUCCUACAUUAAGGAUGUCUGCUAUGUAGAUGGUAAGAUUGAUAUCAACAAAACAAAGGAUUUAUAUCGCGAUCUCAUAACCAUCUUUGACAAACUCCUGCUGCCCACCCAUGCCUCCUGCCAUGUACAGUUUUUCAUGUUUUAUCUCUGUAGCUUUAAAUUGGGAUUCGCAGAAGCAUUUUUGGAACAUCUCUGGAAAAAAUUGCAGGAUCCGAAUAAUCCUGCUGUCAUUCGGCAAGCUGCUGGAAAUUACAUUGGAAGCCUUUUAGCAAGAGCUAAAUUUAUUCCUCUUAUCACUGUAAAAUCAUGCCUAGAUCUUUUGGUUAACUGGCUGCACAUCUACCUUAAUAACCAGGAUUCGGGAACAAAGGCAUUUUGUGAUGUUGCUCUCCACGGUCCGUUUUACUCAGCCUGCCAAGCUGUCUUCUACACGUUUGUUUUUCGACACAAGCAGCUUUUAAGUGGAAACCUGAAGGAAGGUUUGAGGUACCUUCAAAGUCUAAAUUUUGAACGUAUAGUGAUGAGUCAGCUAAACCCGCUGAAGAUUUGCCUGCCCUCGGUGGUUAACUUCUUUGCCGCAAUUACAAGUAAAUACCAGCUCGUCUUCUGUUACACCAUCAUUGAAAGGAACAAUCGCCAGAUGCUCCCAGUUAUUAGAAAUACAGCUGGAGGGGACUCGGUGCAAACCUGCACAAACCCACUUGACACCUUCUUCCCCUUCGACCCUUGUGUGCUUAAGAGGUCAAAGAAAUUCAUUGACCCUAUUUAUCAGAUAUGGGAAGACAUGAGUGCAGAAGAGCUGCAGGAGUUUAAGAAACCCAUUAAAAAGGAGGUGCUAGAAGAUGAAGAUGAUGACUUUUUGAAAGGCGAAGUUGGGAUUACACCGAGCUCCUUUGACACACAUUUCCGAAGUCCUUCAAGUAGUGUGGGCUCCCCACCCGUGUUAUACCUGCCAGACCAGUCCCCUCUGAUUGCGAGGAUUUGUGAUUGAGACCACAUUCCUGCCCGUCGCCCCUUCAGUACCAGGGCUCAUAGUGUCUGAGUGUCACAUCACUUUAGAGCGAGUACCCACCUCCACAGCUUCCUUUCAAGUUAGACUCGCUCGAGCGUGUGAACAGAUGAGGUGUUUUUUUUCUUUUUGCUCCUGUACAGACAAAAGGAAAAGACUGAGUAUCAUGUGCAAUAUUUUACAAUGGAGUUGAUGGUAAAUGUUGAAGGUGUGGCUUAUUUAAUGUAUGCUUUAUUGUAUGUUACAGCUUUUUGACAUAAUUAUUGUGAAAUUUCUGAGAUCAGCAAAAGCCUAUUUUAACAAAUUGCAUUUUUAACACGGGUUUUGGUAGAGCCAUGGUCACAGGACUUUGCUGAUCUGACUUCUGUGAAAAUCAUCCAAGACACUAUUUAAAGUCUGUAGAAUGAGUGUGUUUCAGAUCCAUUGUUUACCUUCUGCUGGAACUGCAUUUGUGUUGGGAUUUCAGUGGGGUCCCGAGAAGACAGGAAAGUGGGGAGAUGGCCGGAGCUAGUCCCAGCCGCUGAAAGUUGGAGCUGGUACCGAGGAGGAUCGCCAGGGAUGUCAGAGACCAAUAAAAGCCUGGAGGGAAGAGAGGAUUUAGGGAAACAGUCAGACAGAACUCAUACACUCGUGAGUACAAAUGGAGUUCCAGGUAAAUGUAACUCCCGUCCUGAGGCUCCCAAGAUGCUGUGAGAACUGGAACUACUUGUUUGUAAUGGAAUGUUACAUUGAUUUGUUGUUCUUUUACUAUAAUCAGUUGACCAGUUCUCAGUUUGCGAAUUUCUUGGGGCGGGCAGGGGCGGUUUUUAGCUUUCGUGUUGGAAUGGUUUUGCUGGCACAAACAGGCCGCUGUUACAGCUACAGUGUCUGUCUCCUGGCUGUUCUAUCAUGGAUUCCUCCUCUGGCCAGGUUCUUUUUGUAUUUUUAUAACUAAACACCAAGACAGGAGUCUAAACUACCUUGCUUUAUAACCAAUUUAUGCAAGCACCACUCAAGUUAUUUUGAAGCUCAUGCAUAUUUUAGCUUCAUUCUUUAUUUGUGUACUUUUUCAUUACUUAUGAAAAUGGACAUCUUUAAACAUAUUUAUUUUUCUGCCACUUUUCCAAUUUUUUUUAUUUAAAGGCAAGUAAUAUUUUCUGGAUCACAGAUAUUUUGUAAUGAAAUACUUUGACUUUCUUAGGGCUUUGUAUGUUCUUGUAUAAUUAUAUUGACGGCAAUGCAGAGUUUGGAUUUCGGUCUGUAAAUACAUUUUUGGAAAACAAAUUUUUAUUGGCUUUACACAGUUUUGGAUACUGGUGAUUUUCUUUUGGUGACUUGGUGGAAAGUCAUUUGAGAACCUUUAGGGUCUCUGUUUUUUUUAACUGCUGACUAAAAAGUGGGAUUUUUGUAUACUGGAUAAAAUGAGUACAUGAAAUGUGUCCAUAGAAGUUAAUAUCAAUGUUGGGCUUUUGUGGGUUGGAAAGUAGCUCUAAGGUAGAGGGCUGUAUUUAUAAAUAAGUAUUUAAUUUCAAAGGAGCUUGAGAAAAAAAUCCAUUGUGAAAAUAAAAUAAUGACAUGGAACUCUUGUUCUAAUGCCAGUAAAGGGAGGUACCCCAAUAAAGAGCCUUCUCAUACAAA